GUCGUUUUUUUUUAUUUUGAAAAGCUCGUCCUUCCUUCUUCCUCGCACUGACGCGACUCUUAUUGGUUUUUUUUUUUUUUUUUUAAAUGUAAGUCCUUUGGGUUUGGACGUGAAUGGGAGGAAGGAGCGGGCGAGUUGGUGCGUGUGUUGUUGUGUUGGCCACGGCACGGCUUGGCGCGAUGUGCGGUUUGUUGUUCGCUGGAGAGCCGACGACUCCUCGGUCGGUUGUCCUGUCUCCUUCAGUCGCUCCUCCUCUUUUGCAACACACACAAAAAAAAAACCAAUGUGGCGCGGAGGCGGGAAUACCGGCGAGUGCGAGUGAGGGGAAAGAGGGGGGGCGCCGACGAAAAAAACUCCUGGACGUGGUUAGUUUGUUUAACGAGCAGAGCGGGACGGUGUGUACAGAAGAGCUCCAGGCUGUGGUGCGGGACUGCAGCGAAGAAACCGAGCUAGGUGGUCUCCGGGCUGCAGCGACACCAAAAAUGGAUGAGGACACAAACUUGCUAGGGAGCAUAGUCGUUUGCGUGUUUCAGCACUCGACCGUGCCUCGCACAGGCAGAGGACAACGUGGCUGCCUUUCACAUUCUGCUGAGAUCAUGCUGUCAGCCAUUUUGUUGAGUUGUCUCAAACAUGUAGUUCCCCAGGAGGCCACCAGGGGGAACGAAUCAAGCAACUCGUCGCCUCGCAUGGGACCAUCUGGGGUCUUCACCUUGCCAAGCUGCGCCACUUCCGAGGACUCCUUCCGCGGACAGCAGCACGUCCACACCAGCCCAGUAUUCCCCUUUGAGGUUUGGUAGAUCCUUUUCUCUUUUUUUUCAAACACCCUACCUACUGGGCUGUGUGGCAACACCAACCCUCCGCCUUGGACAAUGCUCCACUUCGCCGUAGUGACGUCACUCCUCCCACUAUGGAUGACGUAAUCCACCAAGAAUUUUUUUUAGAUGCAGUUUGUUCCCUUUGUAAGCCACCGUCUACAGCAUUUUCUGUGUAUUUUGUGGGACAUCUGGGAUCUGUCCCUUAAAGGGGG